AUGAUGGAAGGUUCACUUAGUAAAUGGACCAAUGUUAUGAAAGGCUGGCAGUAUCGCUGGUUUGUGUUGGACGAGAACGCUGGCCUGCUGUCUUAUUAUACGUCUAAAGAGAAGAUGACUCGUGGCGUGCGUCGUGGUUGUGUUCGUCUCAGGGCGGCGGUGAUAGGCAUCGAUGAUGAAGAUGAUUCAACCUUCACCAUCACCGUCGACCACAAGACCUUCCACUUCCAGGCUCGCGACGGGCUCGAACGUGAGCGAUGGGUCCGUUCGUUGGAGGACACGAUCGCACGUCAUUGUCGUCGUGAACGAUGGUCCAGGAGUGUACCAGCACCGGCUCACAGGCACGGAGACCUGGAGAGGAGAAUUGCUGAGGCGGACGCGUAUCUACAGAUCAUGAUUGAACUCGUAUCGAAAAUGAACGCGAGAGUAUCAGAUCUACAAGACCCUCAAGAAAAAACAAAGGGACAAGUGAUUUUAGAUCACUCUAAUGCUAUGUUGGACAAUAUAAAACAUUCCAUAGUGCUCUUACAAAUAGCUAAGAACACAGUAAAUCCUGUGAAUGGAGUCUACCAAGGACCAACGAACAUCACUCAAUCACAUAUCAUAGAAGAUCUGUCUCCGCGAGUGGAGCUGGGUUCUGAAUGUCGUGAACUAACAUCCCCAGCACUGCCGGGACCAGCCCUAGAACAUAUUGACGCACCCAGACAGGCGAUGUCGUUGUUGGUCCCAGACACGUCGUACUCCUCGUCGGAGGGAGAAGAUGACUUCUAUGACGCUGAUGAUGGACCACCGGAUGAUAUGCCAGGACCCAGUGCCGGUCGUACCUGUUUGGCUGAGGGUGCAAUAGACCAGGAGCCGACACCAGCAGCCGUUGACCUGCCAAGGACAAGAGAUGGGGAGAUCGACUAUGAUGCCCUGUAUGAUGAUGACUCCGACAGCGACUUGGGCUCGAUGGAGAACCAUGGCUCCGUGGUGACACAUCUGCUGUCACAAGUCAAGAUAGGAAUGGAUCUCACUAAGGUAGUUCUUCCUACGUUUAUACUGGAGAGACGGUCUUUGUUGGAGAUGUAUGCGGACUACUUCGCACAUCCCGACCAGUUUGUCAAGAUAGUGGACCAACCAACUCCGAGGGAGAGGAUGAUACAGGUUGUGAGAUGGUACCUGAGCUCGUACCACGCGGGCAGAAAGUCUCAAGUGGCCAAGAAACCAUACAACCCAAUACUGGGAGAGAUCUUCAGGUGCCAUUGGACUAUAGACGGAGAACCGCAGGACAGCACUAGCAAGCAAGAAGUGGGUGACGGCCCUGUACCCUGGUGUUCUCCGGACCAGCUGUCCUUCGUAGCGGAACAAGUGUCUCAUCACCCACCUAUAUCCGCCUUCUACUCGGAACACGUCAACAAAAGAAUACAAUUCGACGCCUGGGUAUGGACCAAAAGCAAAUUCCUCGGACUAUCCAUCGGCGUACAUAACAUAGGCAGAGGCCUCGUCUCCCUAUUGGAUCUAGGAGAGGAGUAUUCUCUAACCUUCCCCAAUGGAUACGGCAGGUCUAUCCUAACAGUACCCUGGAUAGAGCUCGGCGGCUCUGUGGUCAUAGAGUGUGUGCAAACGGGUCAUAGAGCUAACAUAGAGUUCCUUACGAAGCCGUUCUAUGGAGGGAAGAAGCACAGGGUGACGUGCGACGUGUUCGUGGGCACGGAGAAGAAGCCUUACUACACCGCGCAGGGAGAGUGGAACACGAGGGUCGAGGGGAGGUGGACGGACUCGGGGCGAACAGAAGUCCUCUUCGACGUGUCAAACAUGAAACCUAAGAAGAAACGUGUGGCUCCGAUAUCACGACAGAACAGCGGCGAGUCGAGGAGGGUGUGGAGACACGUGACCGCGGCGCUACGGGCGGCGGACACUGACGCGGCCACCAGCGCGAAGAGGAGGCUGGAGCAGGCGCAGAGGGACGCCGCCAAGAAGAGGAUCGACGACAACCACAAGUGGGAGACACAGUUAUUCAAACCCAAAGGCGACGAAGGCUGGGAGUACAUAACGCCUCUCAGCAAACGAAUAGAGACGUCAAAGUCGCCCAAGAGACAGGACACGGCCACUAGAUAA